ACCACCAAGGGUAAAUAUUAACGCGCCAAACCAGGUGUCCCCAACCGCCAAAGUUCACACAAGCCACCCCUCACCACCGCCUAACGCCGCUAUCACCUCCGGGAAAAGCCAUUGCCGUCGCCGACGAUGGGAAAGCAGAAGCAGCAAGUCAUUUCCCGUUUUUUCGCGCCAAAAUCAAACCCGCCGGACCCUUCUUCCACAUCAACCUCACAACCACACGCCACUCAUACAAAUCCACCCACACCGCCCCCAAAAAUCGCGGCCACCGUGAGUUUCUCUCCGGCCAAACGCCUCAGAACAUCACAACUCUCGUCUCCUGAGUCUAAACCAUCCAAAAUCCCAAAAUUAUUAUCUUCACCCCAUAAACCCACCCAAAACCCUAACACUCACAGCUCAAUUCCCCCACUAUCCAACCUUUCUCUUCACCAACGAUUCCUGAAGAAGCUUCUGGAACCUUCCCAAGAGCUAGUGGAACCUCCGAAAGCAACUCAGGUGUCCAGCUCCAAGUACACCCCGUUAGAGCAACAAGUAGUGGAGCUUAAGGCUAAGUACCCAGAUGUUCUUCUGAUGAUUGAGGUUGGAUACAAGUAUAGAUUCUUUGGUGUGGAUGCAGAGAAUGCUGCUAGAGUUCUGGGUAUUUAUGCUCAUAUGGAUCACAAUUUCUUGACUGCUAGCGUGCCAACUGUUCGCCUGAAUGUCCAUGUGAGGAGGCUUGUGAGUGCAGGGUACAAAGUGGGUGUGGUUAAACAGACUGAGAGUGCUGCUAUUAAGGCUCAUGGAUCAAAUAAAUCAGGCCCGUUUUGUCGGGGAUUAUCGGCAUUGUACACAAAAGCAACACUGGAAGCAGCAGAGGACUUGGGGGGUGGAGAAGAAGGGUGUGGGUCUUGUAACAACUAUUUGGUUUGUGUUGUCGAGAAGGGGAUUGAGAAUGUGGAUUGUGGGGUUGAGGGUGGAUGUGAUGUGAGAAUUGGGGUUGUAGGAGUCGAAGUUUCCACAGGGGAUGUUGUGUAUGGGGAGUUUAAUGAUAAUUUUAUGAGGGCUGGGUUGGAAGCUAUGAUUUUGAACUUGUCUCCAUCUGAAUUGCUGCUUGGAAGGCCUUUGUCUAAACAGACAGAGAAGUUUUUAUUAGCAUAUGCUGGACCAACCUCAAAUGUUAGGGUGGAAGAUGCCUCACCAGAUUGCUUCAGGGAUGGUGGUGCCCGUGCUGAGGUAUUGUCUCUUUAUGAGAAGAUGAACGAAAACAGCUCUUUAGAUGUCACUGAAGAUGCUGCAGUGAAAACACAAGGCACUAAUCAAUUCACAGUUCAGGGAAUUAUGGACAUGCCUGAUUUGGCUAUCUUAUCAUUAGCCUUGACUAUUCAUCAUCUUAAACAAUUUGGAUUGGAUAGAAUUCUAUGCCUGGGAGCUUCAUUUCGAACUUUCGCCAGCAAAAUGGAGACGACACUUUCAGCCAAUGCACUUCAACAGUUGGAGAUUCUGAAGAAUAAUUCUGAUGGAUCAGAAUCUGGCUCCUUGCUGCAGUGUAUGAAUCAUACACUUACUACAUUUGGUUCAAGGCUUCUCAGAUAUUGGGUGACCCAUCCUUUAUGUGAUAGAAGCAUGAUAAAUGCUCGCCUCGAUGCAGUUUCUGAGAUUGCAGACUCUAUUAAAUCUUCUAAACCUUCUCAUAAUUUUGACUUAGAUGAGGAUGGUAUUGGUGUAACCGUUGUUCAGCCAGAGAUUCACCAUUUAAUUACUUCAGUUUUAUCCACUUUAGGGAGAUUGCCUGACAUUCAACGAGGGAUAACAAGAAUCUUUCAUCGAACAGCUACGGCAUCUGAGUUUAUUGCAGUUAUUCAAGCUAUAUUGGUUGCUGGUAAACAACUUCAGCAACUUCACGUGGAAGAAGAGGAAAACAAUAGCUUGGGUAGAGGUACCGUGCACUCUUCAUUGUUACGGAAGUUGAUAGCAGCUGCCUCCUCAUCCAGUGUCAUGAAUACAGCUGCGAAGCUUUUGUCUACUUUAAACAAGGAAGCUGCUGAUCAGCGGGAUCUUCACAAUCUAUUUAUCAUUUCUGAUGGGAAAUUCCCAGAGGUAGCUGAAGCUCAAAGAAGCGUUCAAUUGGCAAAUGAGAAGUUAGAUUCCUUGAUUGGUGUAUUUCGGAAACAGCUUCAAAUUCGCAAUUUGGAAUACUUGACUGUAUCUGGGGUGACACAUUUGAUAGAGUUGCCUCUCAAUGUUAAGGUGCCCCUUAAUUGGAUGAAGGUGAACAGUACUAAGAAAACAAUACGAUAUCAUCCGCCAGAAGUAUUAACUGUCUUAGACCAAUUAUCAUUGGCCAAGGAGGAGCUGUCUGUCGUGUGCCGAGCUGCAUGGGAUGACUUUUUAAAAGCAUUUGGCGAAUGCUAUGCCGAAUUUCAAGCUAUCGUUCAAGCUUUAGCUUCACUGGACUGUCUAAAUGCACUUGCUAUUCUUUCAAGAAAUAAGAAUUAUACACGUCCAAUUUUUGUUAGCGAUGAUGAACCCGUACAGAUGCAUAUCUCCUCUGGUCGCCAUCCGGUUAUGGAAACUUUAUUACAAGAUAAUUUUGUCCCGAAUGAUACCAAAUUGCACGUAGAAAGUGAGUACUGUCAAAUUAUAACCGGACCAAAUAUGGGUGGAAAGAGUUGCUAUAUCCGCCAGGUUGCUCUAAUUGCUAUCAUGGCUCAGAUUGGUUCCUAUGUACCAGCAUCGUCGGCAAAACUUCACGUGUUAGACGGCAUCUACACUCGCAUGGGCGCAUCGGAUAGUAUUCAGCAAGGAAGAAGUACUUUCUUAGAAGAGCUAAGCGAGACUUCUCACAUUCUGAAGAAUUGCACAGCCAACUCGUUGGUUAUAAUCGAUGAGCUUGGGAGAGGCACGAGCACACACGAUGGUGUUGCAAUUGCAUAUGCUACAUUGCAAUAUCUUCUAGAUCGUAAGAAAUGCCUGGUUCUCUUUGUCACCCACUACCCCAAGAUACUCGAUAUCAAGAAUGAAUUUCCGAGCAGCGUUGGAUCAUACCGUGUUUCUUACUUGACAUCACAAGGAGAUUCGGAUACUGGAUUGAAGUCAAAUGAGAAACUGGAUAACGUGAAUAAUGAUGAAGACAUCACUUACCUUUACAAACUCGUGCCUGGUAUCUCAGAGAGAAGCUUCGGUUUCAAGGUUGCUCAGCUUGCACAGCUGCCAACUUCAUGCAUCCAACGAGCCAUUUUCAUGGCUGGAAGAUUCGAAACAGCAGUACGUAACAGAGAGCAGAGAUGGCUACUGCAAGAUUGUAGGAAAGAGAUGAUGCAAAAUGACCACAAGGAUCAUGAAGCAGUAGAAAGAGUCCCGUCACCAGAUCGCCAGGACGUGGGGACCAUUGAAGAGAAGGAAUUUGCCAAUUCCUGGAAGGAUUUUAUUGUAUCAAUAAGCUCAACACUGGUUGAAGAACCUGAUAGUGGGAGGAGGCUCCAAUUUCUGAUGCAGGCUAAAAGCCUUGCUGUUGAGUUGAUAAAGACCUAUGGAGCAUAAAGUAACCUCUUUUUUUGCCCCUUAACAAUGUAGACCACUUCCGAACAAGGGAAAUUGAUGAUGAAUGGGUAUAAAUUUUGAUUAUUUUGUCUCAAGUAUGAAAUUGAGAAUAUAUCUGUAAAGAAUAACAUUAGAGAUGAAAUCACAGUUAAAAUCCCUUAUAUUC